AUGUCCCCACCGGAGGCAAACGAACCAGUAAUUCCCUAUCAGUCUCAAGAAGCCGAGGUAGGGGUCACAAUCGAGCUGGUCAAGCUCCCCAAACUGCUUUUCGUCGCGAUCGUCCUGUGCUUGGCCACUGUGUGCGUCGCAGUAGACAACACCAUACUAUCCACUGCGGUCCCUCAAAUCACCGACGCUUUCGACAGUAUUGACGAUGUGGGCUGGUAUGCAGCAAUAUACCCCUUAACCUCGUGUGCAUUCCAGCCGUUCUUCGGCAAGGUCUAUUCGCUUUUUUCCAACAAAGUUGUCUUUCUGGCCGCACUACUGGUCUUCGAGGUCGGGAGCGCUAUUUGCGCUACAGCACUGAACUCCAAUAUCUUUAUCCUUGGACGAGCUCUGGCAGGGCUGGGGUCCGCUGGGAUCUCUGCCGGCACAACCCUGAUUCUGGCCGAGUGCGUCCCGCUGGCACGGCGACCGACAUGGAAUAGCAUCAUCGGCAGUACCUUUGCGCUCGGGAGUGUCGCUGGACCUCUGCUGGGCGGAGCCUUCACCGAGAAAACAACCUGGCGUUGGUGUUUCUACAUCAAUCUGCCCAUCGGGGGCGUAGUCAUGCUCUUCGUGACAUUCUUCUAUCAGAGCAAUUCGAGUACUACACGAGCCUCGACUGGACUAUACAGCCGGAUUGCCCGAUUCGACGUUGGCGGCACCAUCACCUUAAUUCUCGCCACGAUUUGCCUUCUCCUCGCGCUCUCCUGGGGCGGAACGAAAUAUGCCUGGGACGACACCUAUAUCAUUGUUCUGCUAACAGUGUCCGGGAUUCUCUUCUGCGUGUUCGCCGGCAUUGAGCGAUGGAUGCAAGAUAGCGCUGUUAUCCCCUUACGAUUGCUACGCAGGCGAAGCAUGGGUGCUGCGAUCCUGUUCAGUCUCUGUCUUGGGGGUGUUUUCUUUGUCAACGUUUAUUAUAUACCACUCUGGUUCCAACUAGUUGACGGAAUCUCAGUCGUCGACUCGUCCAUCAUGUUCAUCCCGUUCAUGUGCAGUGUCGUCGGCGGGUUUGUAUGUGCCGGCUUCGGAACCGCCGCCACAGGAUACUACACGCCGUUCGUCUACGGAGGCUCGAUCCUCAUGUCGGUCGGGACGGGUCUGAUCGCGACGGUACGCCCGCACCAGACCCCGCGCGCCCGCUGGAUCGGGUAUCAGAUCCUGUGCGGCGCCGGCAUCGGUCUGGGCGAAGAGCAAGGCCUCUACAUGGUGCAGACCACUCUUCCCGAAGAGGAUGUCGCCACGGGUCUCGGGAUCGUCCUCUUCGCGCAGACGUUUGGGGGUGCCGUCUUCGUGUCCGUGGCGCAGGCGGUGUUUCUGGAACAUAUCACCGCAGCCCUGCGGACGCUUGCGCCCGAUGUGGACCCUUACUCGGUGCUAGGGGGCGCGUCGACGGCUACGUCUCCCGCGCUGCAGAGUGUGUAUGCCGUGGCGAUUAAAGAUGCGCUGCGUGUGGGGCUGGUUCUAGCCACCGUGUCGAGCCUGGGGGCUCUGCUGUAUGACUGGCACAGUCUGAAGAGGAAAGGUGAGGAUGGGAGUAGCAGUGGUCAUGAGCUGGCGUUUGUAGCACAAGGUUCGGAUGGAGGACAGGGGAAAUAA